AAAGGCGGGGCGAUGGGCAGCAAUGGCUGCUGGGAAACAUCAUUCUGUCAGUAGUGUCAGUCAGCUGCUGCUAUCAAAACAGUGCGCUAAACCAGCCGCCCCUUUACUUUACGGCAAGAAUUAAGCAAAGUCGUUGUGUGACGUGUUACAGGCAUACGUAUGUGGACUGUAAGUGGCUGUGGUAGUUUGAAAAAGCAUCGCCGUUCAUGAGGGAAAAAGCGAAAUAGUUGGAAAUGUUUCCCGGGCCCGCAGCCAGCGGCGGACUCAUGCACAAGCGUUGACUAGAUCCCAGUAAACAUGCACUGCAGUGGCCAAAUCUCGAAUCACCCGUCCACUUUUGACAGUGAGGAAGAUGUGGUCGAGGUGGUUGAUGGGGGGAUGAGCAGCUUCAACCAUGCACACAUGAGGAAAGCUUUCCGGCUCAUGAACGACCUGCGCAGCAGGAGGCAGCUGUGUGAUGUCCUGCUGGUGGCAGGGGAGGUGGAGGUACCAGCACACAAGGUGGUGUUAGCCUCCUGCAGUCCCUACUUCUGUGCCAUGUUUACAGGGGACAUGAGUGAGAGUAAAGCCCAGCGGGUGGAGAUACGGGACGUGGAUGGACAAACCCUCAGCUGCUUGGUGGAAUAUGUCUACACUGCCGAGGUCCAGGUGUCUGAAGAAAAUGUGCAGGUUCUCCUCCCUGCUGCUAGCCUGCUGCAGCUGAUGGAUGUUCGGCAGGUGUGCUGUGAGUUUCUUCAGGCCCAGCUGCACCCCUCUAACUGUCUGGGAAUCCGCGCCUUCGCCGACCUACACACCUGCACCACCCUGCUCAGUCUCGCGCACGCAUACGCAGAGCAGCAUUUCUCAGAGGUAGUUCAGGGGGAGGAGUUCAUGGCUCUUUCACUGCAGCAGGUCUGCAGUCUCAUCGCCAGUGACAAACUCACUGUCUCCUCAGAGGAAAAGGUGUUUGAGGCGAUGGUGGCCUGGAUUAAUCACAACAAGGAGGCUCGUCUGGAGCACAUGCCAAAGCUCAUGGAGCACGUCAGGCUGCCACUGCUCUCCAGAGAUUACCUGGUCCAGAGGGUGGAGGAAGAGGCCCUUAUCAAGAAUAAUAACACCUGUAAGGACUUCCUGAUUGAGGCCAUGAAGUAUCACUUGCUGCCAGCUGACCAGCGCCAUCUCAUCAAGACUGACCGGACACGACCACGCACGCCGGUCAGCCUGCCAAAGGUGAUGAUCGUGGUGGGUGGGCAGGCCCCUAAAGCCAUCCGGACAGUGGAGUGUUAUGACUUCCAGGAGGAGCGCUGGUACCAGGUGGCAGAGCUGCCCUCCAGACGCUGCCGAGCAGGUGUGGUCUUCAUGGGGGGCCGUGUGUAUGCGGUUGGGGGCUUUAACGGCUCUCUGCGCGUGCGGACGGUGGACAUGUACGACGGUGGGCGGGACCAGUGGACCACCAUGGCCAGUAUGCAGGAGAGGCGCAGCACGCUCGGAGCAGCAGUACUGGGGGAUGUGCUCUACGCUGUGGGGGGCUUCGAUGGCAGCACAGGUCUGUCCUCAGUGGAGGCCUACAGCUGGAAGUCUAAUGACUGGACGUUCGUGGCCUCGAUGAACACCAGACGCAGCAGUGUCGGAGUGGGAGUGGUGGACGGUAAGCUGUAUGCAGUAGGAGGUUAUGACGGCGCAUCUCGGCACUGCCUGAGCACAGUAGAGGAGUAUGACCCCGUCAGGAACCAGUGGGUCUACGUGGCCGACAUGAGCACCAGACGCAGUGGAGCAGGUGUGGGUGUGCUGGGGACGCAGCUGUAUGCAGCGGGGGGGCAUGACGGGCCUCUGGUGAGGAAGAGCGUGGAGGUGUACGACCCCCCCAGCAACACCUGGAGACAGGUGUGCGACAUGAACAUGUGCCGCCGCAACGCAGGUGUGAGUGCCAUUAACGGGAUGCUGUAUGUUGUCGGGGGAGACGACGGCUCCUGUAACCUCUCCUCUGUGGAGUUCUACAACCCAGCCACAGACAAGUGGAGUCUACUACCUAUCAACAUGGGCAAUGGACGGAGCUAUGCAGGUGUCUCAGUCGUUGAUAAACCAUCAUGACAGUAAGCUUCCCGCAUCAGUAUCUUCCCCUGGACCAAUCACAAAAUAGACUGCUGUCCAUCGGAGCCCAUCUGGACCAAUCAGAAAACAGACUGCAACCACCCAGGGUUCACCUGGACCAGUCAGAGAAGAGACUUCCUCUGUGGCCCAGAUGCCCGCUGAUUUACCCAUCAGCCUCUGCUGGUGCACGCUGCAUGUUGACCCAACCUCCAAUCCCUGACUGUGCUGCCUGGAGUAGCCCUGCCCUUCCUGAGAUGGACGCUCCCUCUCCUCCAAUCAGAGAAUGCCAUUUAGUUAGGCCACACCCUCUUCCUUGACACAGUGGACGGGUUGAAGGGCAAAAGCCAGUGGAGCACCUGAAGCAGAGCACCUUUUUAUAUUCUUUACUUUAUUUAAGUUAAAGAGGGGGCAUCAUGAACUCCAAAGCCAAGGGAGAACCAUUGAUUGAUUGGAUUGGUUGUUCCACGAAUGGAUGAAUUGAUUGACAUCAUGUGAUGAAUAGAGGUCAUAAACGUGUGUGUGUGUGUGUGUGUGUGUGUGUGUGUGUGUGUGUGUGUGUGUGUGUGUGUGUGUGUGUGUGUGUGUGUGUGUGUGUGUGUGUGUGUGUGUGUGUGUGGAACAGGAUGUAGUUCUAGUUCCAUGGUAUCCACUCACUGGGCAUCUCUGCUCAACUACUGAUUCUUUACUCUCCAACAGGAACCAUCCCCACCUCCUUUCCCCUACUCCCUAACAGGAACCAUCUCCACCCCCCUACUCCCCAACAGGAACCAUCUCCACCUCCUUACCCCACCCUGCAACUUUAUGCUAUAGACUGUAGGCCAGAGACCAGAAGCAGCGUUGCAGUGCCACCCCUGACAAUGGUGUUUGUGUGUGUGUGUGUGUGUGUGUGUGUGAAUGUGCAACCAAAUACGCAAGCAUCAAGCUGGAUCUACGCUCACUUUCAGGAAUUCAGUCAUUCACCAAGUGACGAGCACUUCUCUCCUUCCCUCUGAUCUCUUGACUCGAUCUCUUUUUGUUUUUCUCUCUCCUUUCCCUUUCCUUUGUUCUUGUUGUCUUCCUGUCUUUGUCCCUCUUCCUGUGUCUCUCUCUCUUUUGUGUUCUCCUGUUUGUCAGUGAUGCCAGCUCUUUGUGUGAUCCUCACUGUUGAAACACAACUGCAAAAGCGAUUCGUGCCAGUCUGAGUGACGCUGUGACUACAGCAGAGUCUCACAGACGUCUCAUACAUGUCUCAUAGACAUCUCACAGAGGUCUCUGAAAAAUGUCUGUAGAUAUUUGAGACCUCUGAAGAUGUAACGGAGGUAUGUAGCUGUCUGAGAUGUCACUCGGAUGUAUCCAGUAUUAGUCUCCGAUGUCCCAGUUAUGUCACAUAGAUGUAUCUGCCUAUAAGGAGUCUGAAGAGAAUGUGCCAAGUCAACACUACAUGAAUCCAGUCGCCACAACCACUAGCUCUGUGCAGCUGUAGGUGGUGGGGGGGGUUUUGGGACCUGGUGAGGUGGCCCUCCACACCCCGACCAGCACAGUGGGCCGCUGCAUGGCUGUGGCGUUAGUCGGUCAUGUCAUGAGGCGGGGCUGAAGUGGCCCUCCAGAAGCAACCCUACACCAAGACUGUGAGACUGUGCUGGCUGUGCUGUGCUCCAUAGCUGGUCUCCAAAGCUGGUCUCCAAAGCUGGUCUCCAUAGCUGGUCUCCAUUGCUGGUCAUCGGAGACCUGACAGACUGAUGCGCAGAUUGACAGCAUGACGCCUGAGUCCUCUAGUGGAAGCUGAACUCCAGGGUUUGUGUGAGAUGGAAGCAGGGUGCCCAUCUCCACUGUCAACAGUGUCAAAGGUGUGCACACGCGUGUGUCACAAGCAUAUAUUCCAUUACAAAAAAAAAAAUGUUUACUUGCUUUGCCUUAGAGGUCCAGUUCCUCUAGUCUCUGGCGGAGUUCUUGAAAUAUACAAUGCAUUUGUAGAGUUGCCAUUGUUAUGACGAUAUACCUAUGAAAUGAAAUGAAAUGACAGGUUAACAACUUUUUGUAAUGUUUUAUAAUCUACCACCCAGCAUUUCAGAAAAUAUGCACAAUAUCGCCAUGUGUGGAGUCGUGAAUGAAAUCGUGAACCUGCUUAGUAAAUUGCAUUUGUCAGCCUUUAAGCCUCUUGAGUAGCACUGACUUGUAUUAACGUCGGAAACUUUCAUACCCGGUAGCUGCCAAUUAGGACCCGACUUUCUCCCUGCACAAAUAACUCAAAGCGUUGGCCUCCAGAUUUCUGUUGCCACCAGAGACUGAAUGAGUUCAAAGCUGGUCUUUAAAGGACCGCUGACCUGUUGUGGCAGGUAGAAAGAGCCUGUUACUAACAAGCUCUCAUUCACAGGAUCUGUUAAGCAGGGUGUCUGUUAAAGUUAGGAUAAGACUCUUUUGAGUGUGUAUCGUAUGCAUGAAAUCUGAGAGCUAGCUGCAAGUUAGCGCACGGAAUAAAGAAGGGCUACACUUCAAGUGUGUCUGAAGCUAUAGCUACACAAUACAGAAAGCAGCUGUAAGCAUGGUGAAAUAGCUGUGGUUGUUCUGUCGCUCCAGCACACACCGGAAACAGCUUGAUGAACAAGAGCCUGACUAUGCACAUCUGAUAGUGGCAUCAUUUUUAGUCACAUUUUAUUUCACACUAAGGAAACACAUUUGACCUGCUAACCUGGGUUGUUCAAUUGUACCGUGUAGUUGAUGCUCAACAAAGGUUUUUAAUGCAUUUCUAUACAAAAGUGUUUAAGGAAUAAAGACAUGUACUGUGCAGUCA